UACAAAAUACAGCUGCUCACAUUUUUUGUUUUUUUGGGAGUUCCGUGGCUAUAUAAUCCAUGUGAUCAGGACAAAGUCGUUCGGCCCCAUCUUCAAAUUCCAUCCAAGGUUUCGUGGUAGCCAUAGAGGCAGAUGGUUUUUCCGAUUCCUGGAAAGGGAAGGCACUUACAGAGAUACAAUGAUCAAGGUUGUCGUCUUGUUGUAGGGUGUAUCCCGUAUAGAUUUAAGUCGGAAGGAAGUGAGAGGACCAAUAACGAAGUGGAAGUCCUUGUUGUCAGUUCACCAAAAAGUCAAGAGGUUAUGUUCCCGAAGGGGGGUUGGGAAUUUGGUGAAUCUAUUAAAGAAGCUGCUCGUCGUGAAACACUUGAAGAAGCUGGAGUUCUUGGCAAUGUUGAGGAUGAACUAGGUAUAUGGAGAUUCAAGAGCAAAAGCCAAGAAAUCUACCAUGAAGGUUACAUGUUCCCUUUGCUUGUAACAGAAGAACUUGAUCCAUGGCCUGAAAAAAAUGUCAGGAAAAGAGCAUGGAUGACUGUGGUAGAAGCACGAGAUGCAUGCAAGCAAUGGUGGAUGAAGGAAGCUUUAGAUAGAUUAAUAAAUAGGCUUCCAUCACCACAUGAGCUUUCUCCAGCUCGCCCUGCAGAUGAGCAAGAAAUAGCCUUAGCUACUCCCGUGGAGCAAAGAUUUGUCCCUGCUAUACAAGCAAAUAUUGAAGAGGAACAAGACGUUCUACUCAGUUCUCUAAGCUAGAAUUCAGGGGUUUUUUUUUUUUGUAAUUUUGGGGUCUCCCACUUAUUUUCUGUUAACCUGUAAAGUUUUUGCUUAUCAAACUUCGUCUUUUCCUUGCAAAUGGAAAGUUAUGCUUUAUGUAAUUGGUUCUGAAGUUGAAUCCAAUGAAAACCUGAA